AUGGCCGUGCAGCCUUUGCUCAUCAUCUUGGUCUACAUCCACGGCUUCAAGGGCAAUGACAACACAUUCGAAGGCUUCCCAGCAAGGAUCAACUCCAUCCUGAGCGAACAGUACGCCAGUCGCGGCACCAUCGUCGAAUCGCUCGUCUAUCCUGCCUACCAGACUCGAGGCGAGCUGGGAGCAGCCUGUCUGCUCUUCCUCGAAUGGCUGCAUGCACAAGUAGCGGAGAAGGAGCUUCAACAUGCUCCUGCGCUGUCUGCCAAAGCCAAAGGCAAAGCGAAAGAGGAUCCGAUCACAUUAGACGAUGACGCUGCGUCUCCGCCAGAUCCUACGCUCGGCGACCGUCCAAAAGCUAGUGUAGUGCUCUGUGGUCACAGUAUGGGCGGACUUGUCGCCGCAGACUCAAUGCUCAAGGUUGUCGAUGACUACAAAGCUGCCGGCACGCCGCCAUGGCCUGAUAUCCUCGGCGUCAUUGCUUACGACACCCCUUACCUCGGACUACACCCGGGCACUUUCGCAAAUACAGCAACAGAAUAUGCGAGCUACGCGACGCAAGCUCAUUCCGUCCUGACUACGCUAGGAUUGGGCUGGGGUGCUCUGCAAGGUUUGAGAGGGACGGGAUCGAGCGGAUCAAAAAGUGCGCCUGCGAACACAAGAGCUCCUUCACCCGCCGCUUCGACGUCAAUGACCAACUCGACGACGGCCGAGACGGAAGAAGACAAGAAGCGAUCGUACGGCUGGGCGGGCGCAGCGAUUGGUGCAGCAGCGGUUGCCACUGCUGGCGGUGUUGCUUGGUACCAGCGACAAAGCAUUGUCGAGGGCAGCACAUGGGCAACGAGCUGGGUCACAGAUCAUCUAGAAUUCGUAGGCGCUCUUUGGAAGCCCGAACCUCUUCGAGCGCGGCUCGACCAAAUCGCCGCCGUGCAGAAAGAUGGCGUGUUCUUUCAUUGCUACUAUACUCAGCUGCCGACAACGAGCACAGGCACGAAGCGCACCUUCAUCAAUUUGCCUCCCAGCACCUCGCCCGUCUAUGAUCACUUCACGCCCAAUCUGAACACCAAGGUCAAAACCGAAGUCGAUGCGCACAUCACAAUGUUCAAUCAGAAGAACGACGGUAGCUGGCAGCUGGGCCAGGAAUCCGUCGCGCUGCUCACAGACUGGGUCGAUCGGCGCACUCGUUCUCGUCAAAUUUAG